UAGUGUUUAAUAAAGACAGCCUCUGCACUGACAACAUCACAACUUUGCCUCUAGCUGAGCAAAGGUUAGCAGAAACACUGUGAGCAGUAUAACUGACCCAUUUACUCCUGAAUACAGACAUGACAGUCGACGAAUUAUCAAGAUGCAAGUUUAGUAUGAUCGAGGUGGAAGAUUUUUUGAGAAAUCCGCCGCGGGGUUUUAAGGUAGAGACGCGGCGUACUGGUUACCGUUUUGUCAAAAGCGACCCGAAAAGCUGCUGUGUGUUAAUUGACGACUUCGAGUCGUGUAAAGGAAAGGUUAUGUUCCAGCAUUCAACUGGAAAGACAAUCAAGGUGCAUAAUCUACGAGAUUACACAACUGUCAGAAAUAACCUCACAUCGAAGAAGUUUUAUCUGCUAGUGUCAGCAUGUGAAAACAAGUCAUCGAAGGACACAAAAAAUGACAUCAAAGUGUUGCGGCGCUUUGUUGUGGUCAUCGAUGGAAGCGAUCCCUUCGUCAAGUGGGAGUUGGAGCGAGGCUUGGACAGGACCAUCUCCUCAGUAGCCGGAGAGAGCUACAAGGUGGAUGUUGACUUUAGUGAAUCCUUGCAGGCCUGGCUGGGCAAGGGUUUCCAUAUCCCAACCAACGGUCAGAUGGUCAAGCCGACAUGGAGAGACACCAGUUUCACCUUAAAAUAUUACUCUGAUGCUCUCUUUGACUUUCCUCACUGGCUUGGAUUCAGCAAACGGCAGUUCAAGAUCACCUGUUGUGGAAGAUGAGAAUCUGCUCGCCAACAGCAGAGAUGUUCUGGACUGCCUUGCUACAUACCUGCCACCUUGGUGUUUUGCCCCCAUUGAAGAAGGGUCACCUCUUCCUUUCAGCUGUAAGCACCAGCUGUCGUGUUUUUUUCCACAAGAAACCAGAAGGAGGCGCUGUUAUCAGAGUUCUUCUGAAGCAGGAAGCAGCUGCAUACGGGCCAAAGGCUUGUGGGCUUGAAAAUGAAUACUGCUCAGAAUAAGUUAGGAAGUGGCUGCACCUUACAGUUCAAUUCUGAGAUUUACUGAAACACAUCUUGCAACCAGGCCCAGGUUAUAGCCAACAUUUGGCCUCGUAUCACAAGAAGUAUAAUAUUUGGCUUACGCGUAAUUGUAUUUCAUUUUAAUGUCCUUUAUACAAAAUGUCCUGUUCAUAUUUUAAAUGUAUUUACACUAUAGACUUGCUGUCAACAUCACACAUUUAAAGAUUUGUUCAUAGACUUGUCUUUUAUUAUUAUUAUUUUUAUUUUCGCAGAAUUCAUUACAUUGUGUGUGCAUGGCUUAAAAACUUUUGCUAAAAUAAUUUCAUGACAGAUGUCAUGACUGGGACAAAAUGGCACAUGAUUCAUUUAAAAGGUAAAUAAGAAAUCAGGGGAUGAGGAGCAGAGCAGAGGCGGCGCUGGUGAUGGUCUCCACGUAUUCUUUGUAGUCGCUGCUAGCGUAGCGAACCAGCAGGAAGCUUACAAUACCCACAAUGCACAUCAGGAACAGGAACAAAAGGAUGCGCUUUCCAAACUGAAAUCCAGGAGUGCUGGUAGAGAGAGAACAGAAUGCCUCUGGUAAAACAAAUCGCCAAUACAAAAGCAUGAAAACAUCCCUUGUUUAUAGAUUUAUUUGAAAUUAAAUUGUAAUUUUCGGUAUACCCCCCUCCCCCAUUGUUCCUGUUCCUGGUGUUUGUACUCUAAUAUUUGUACUUUUUCUAUUGUAAUAUAAUUCUGUUAAUAAAAACCCUUUGAACCAUAA